AUGGGGCCCUCGACGCUGGAUCUAUUCAUCCUGACCUUCAAUUGUGCAAAGACGCUUAUCAACGUCCCCGUCUUUGCCUCCCAUCUCCAGGAUGCCCUGACCCGCAACGCGACGGGGCUGCCGGACCUGGUGGCCUUCUCCCUGCAGGAGUUUGCGCCCCUGUCCUACUCCUUCAUCGGAGGCUACUUCCUCUCGCCCUACCUCGCCCGCUUCGAAGAGGCAUUGAACAUCGCUGCCGCGCAGGUCGCCGCGGCGACAACGACGAGUAAACGGCCUUCCUCCGCCGGAGGAGAAGGGGAGGCCGAGUCCGACUCCCUGCUCUCCACCAACGGGCCCCAGAGCCAGGGCCAGAGCCAGGGCCAGAGCAACGGCGGCCGCGCGAAGCCCUACCACCUGAUCCGCUCGCACAACGCCGGCAUGACGGCCGUCAUGGUCUUUGCGCGCGACCCGGAGGCGGUGCGCCGGCUGCAGGUGGCCGAGGUGGGGUUCGGCGCGGCCGACAUGGGCAACAAGGGCGCCGUGGGCGUGAGGGUCGCGUACGCGGCCGGGGACGACGACGGCAGCACGGCCGAGGUGACGUUUGUGGCGACGCACUUUGCCGCCAUGGAGUGGAACCUGCGCCGGCGCAACAAGAACUGGCGCAGCAUCGUGUCGGACCUCGUCUUUGAGAACCCCAAGGAGGUCAUCGAGGGGCUCGAGGGCCUCGGGUCGGGCCCCAAGGGCCGGCUGCUCGACAGCGCCGCCAGCCAGGGCAUAACCCCCGAGGAGGAGGAGCAAGAGAUGUUGCUGUCGGCGGAGCAGGAGGCCGCCCUGUUGCAGCACAACGACCGGCUGCGCGGCAUUUCCGUCUUCCGCCCGGGGUCGCACCUCUUUGUGGCGGGCGACCUCAACUACCGCAUCGGCGCCAAGACCCCACCGCCCCUGGCCGCGUUCCCGAGCCUCGACGCGUCCUCGCCGGACUACUGGCCGGCGUUCCUCGGCCGCGACCAGCUGACGCAGGAGCGCGAGGCCGGGCGCACGCUGCACGGCCUGUCCGAGGCGCCCAUCACGUUCCCGCCGACGUACAAGCUCGACGUCCAGAGCGGAGCCGAGGGCGCCGUCAACGAGGCCGAGGUCCGGCGGGCGGGUGCCGGUGCCGGUGCCGGUGCCGCCGAGGUAGUCCCCUUCACGUACGCGCCGCACCGGUGGCCCUCGUGGUGCGACCGCGUGCUGUACCUCGAGACGCCGCGGUCCGAGGCCGCCAAGGUCGAGGUCCUGGCGUACGAGCCGCUGCCCGUGGUCCGGACGAGCGACCACCAGGCCGUGUACCUGCGGGCGCGGGUGCCCGUUCUCCUCUCGUCUCAGCCGGCGGCGACGUCAUCAGCAGAGGCCGAGGCCGAGGACGAGGACGACCCGCGCGUGCGCCUGCCCGUGCCCAUCGACGUGGACGCGUACGGGCGGCGCGCGGCGGCGCGGCGGCGCGAGGUGCUGGUCGGCUGGAGCAUGUUCCUCUGGAGCACGCGCGAGGGCGCCGUGGUGAUCGCGACGCUGAUGCUCGUCGGCGUCGGGGGCUGGUGGGCCUGGCAGGGCGUUUGA